AUGGGAGCUUGGUCAAUAUGCAGCACUGUGGCUCUAGGAAUAUGUGGUGGUGUUUUCGGAUUAAUAUUUGUCCUUUUCUACAUUGCUUAUCUGAUUGGUAUCCCUAUUGCCAGCAUCGUCAUAGGGGCCCUGUACCUUGAUGAUUGUCCGUUACAGCGACUCAUUCCCGUUUAUCUGAUUGUGUCCGGUGUACUGGGUCCAGUUUUUGGAAUAUUUGAAAGAUGUCGGUCAGCUCUAUGCACGGUGGAAACUGCUCCUGGACAAAGGGAGACCAUACCAAAUGCAUACGGCUAUUGUGGAUAUUUCACAGCCAUCUUGCUUGGCUUGGUUUGGACCGGGUUGUUUAUAUUAGGGAACGUGUUGGUGUACGGUACAUAUGAUGUUGUCAGCAGUAACUCCACCUCCGUAGAAUACUGUCACCCCACGGCAUACUACUUCACAUUCUGGUCCAUUACAUCAUUUUACAUAUUGCUUGGGUUCAGUUUAGUCGUAUUCUCUUGCUGUUUUGCUGUUGGGAUUUGCUAUGCUUUAAUGGCAAAGGAAUAAACUACUGGUAUCAGUUCGGCGAGGUACUUUGAAUCCAUUUCAUCUAAUAUAACACUGUAUAGAUCUCUGUGAAAAUAGCCUAAACUUUGGACUGAGAAGUGUAUAUGAGUGAAAAUUUUUCGCAAUGGACGUUAAACAACUCAAUCCAUCAGUCCUCCUAAUUUCAUGAAGUAACAUUUAAUAUUUACUCAGACUGAGUAUGUGUACAUGUACGUUUCUCCCAUUAUCAACAUCACUCCAAACACAUAAAUACUAUAAUUUAUUAUGCUGCUUACACCUAGGAUGAUUCAGAUUGGCUGAUUUCUUCCGCGCGUUUAUAAAUGAACCUAAAAUGUGCAAGUGGGAGAAACAGGCCCCAUGAACAUUGCUCGUUAGUUACCACUUUUUCUCAAACGAGAGACUCGAGGCUUACCGAGUGUCUCUUGAAAAUUUAAAAAAAAAAUUUAAAAGGAAAACAAGUUUGAGGGAAAAAAAUGGUUACAGUACUACACCUGUAUUUCGCGUAUACCAUCAGUCUAUAGCUGGCUCAAUCAAAACCAAUUCGAACUAUGUAAGGGGAAUUAAUCAAUUAUUAAAUGUCAUCUGUAAAAAAAAAUUGUAUAAUGUUGCAUAUAUCAAUAAUGUAAAAUAUGUAGGUGAUAUUUGUCAUUUGCAAAUAAAAGUGUGAUAUCCAUUU